UCUCUCUUUGUUAGUUGUAACUAGAAAGGCAGGGCAGGGCAGGAAAAAUCCCCGGAACUUUAAAUGGCCUCUCCGGGCUUCCCCGCUGCGGGUCCGGGGCUGGGAGUCGCCCCAAGGGCGGGGGUGUGCGGGGGCCCUUCCCCACCAGCUGCCGCCUCGUUCGCCAGCUUUUCCUUUGGCGUUCUAUUUAAAAAUGCGGCCUUAAGAACACGGUUUAUUCCCGUUAAAAAAAACCCCAAACAAACUCUGGCUGUCGCCUUGAACUUCUCUUGACUGCAGAAGGCCUUUCUCUGCUGGAAACACACAUCUUGCGCGUUUCACGUCUGUUCUCUGGGGAGGCAGUAAGGGGCCGAGGAGCUGGCCUCGGCACCGGGAGAGGCUGGACUUCCUGUCUCUCUGUGCUGAAUGGCUGCGAUGGCGCCCGCUCUCACUGACGCAGCAGCUGAAGCACACCAUAUCCGGUUCAAACUGGCUCCCCCAUCCUCCACUUUGUCCCCUGGCAGUGCCGAAAAUAACGGCAACGCCAACAUCCUUAUUGCUGCCAACGGAACCAAAAGAAAAGCCAUUGCUGCAGAGGAUCCCAGUCUAGACUUCCGAAAUAAUCCUACCAAGGAAGACUUGGGAAAGCUGCAGCCACUGGUGGCAUCUUAUCUCUGCUCCGAUGUAACAUCUGUGCCCUCAAAGGAGUCGUUGAAAUUGCAAGGUGUCUUCAGCAAGCAGACGGUCCUGAAAUCUCAUCCUCUCUUAUCUCAGUCCUAUGAACUCCGAGCUGAGCUGUUGGGAAGACAGCCAGUUUUGGAGUUUUCCUUAGAAAAUCUUAGAACCAUGAAUACGAGUGGUCAGACAGCUCUGCCGCAAGCACCUGUAAAUGGGUUGGCUAAGAAAUUGACUAAAAGUUCAACACAUUCUGAUCAUGACAAUUCCAGUCCCCUCAAUGGGGGAAAACGAGCUCUCACUUCAUCUUCUCUUCAAGGGGGUGAAGUGGUGGCAUCUGAAUCUGGGGACUUGAAGGGGGGUAUGACCAAUUGCACUCUUCCACAUAGAAGCCUUGAUGUAGAACACACAACUAUAUUUAGCAAUAAUAGCACUGCAAACAAAUCUUCUGUAAAUUCCAUGGAACAGCCAGCACUUCAAGGAAGCAGUAGAUUAUCACCUGGCACAGACUCCAGUUCUAACUUGGGGGGUGUCAAGUUAGAGGAUAAAAAGUCUCCCCUGUCUUCCAUUCUUUUCAGUGCUUUAGAUUCUGACACAAGGAUAACAGCUUUACUACGGAGGCAGGCUGAUAUCGAGAGCCGUGCCCGCAGGUUACAGAAGCGCUUACAGGUUGUGCAGGCCAAGCAGGUGGAGAGGCAUAUACAGCAUCAGCUGGGUGGAUUUUUAGAGAAAACUUUGAGCAAACUGCCAAACUUGGAAUCCUUGAGGCCCCGGAGCCAGUUGAUGCUGACUCGAAAGGCUGAAGCUGCGUUGAGAAAAGCUGCCAGUGAGACGACCACUUCAGAGGGACUUAGCAAUUUCCUGAAAAGCGAUUCGAUUUCCGAAGAAUUGGAGAGAUUUACAGCGAGUGGUAUAGCCAACUUGAGGUGCAGUGAACGAGCGUUUGAUUCAGACAUCACUGACAGUAGUUCAGGAGGAGAGUCUGAUAUCGAAGAGGAAGAACUGACCAGAGCUGAUCCCGAGCAGCGCCAUGUACCCCUGAGACGCAGGUCAGAAUGGAGAUGGGCUGCAGACCGAGCAGCUAUUGUCAGCCGCUGGAACUGGCUUCAGGCUCAUGUUUCUGACUUGGAAUAUCGAAUUCGGCAGCAAACGGAUAUUUACAAACAGAUACGUGCUAAUAAGGGGUUGAUAGUUCUUGGAGAGGCACCUCCCCCGGAACAUGCAACAACAGACUUAUUUCUUCCACUUAGUUCUGAAGUGAAGACAGAUCAUGGGAAUGAUAAAUUGAUCGAGUCUGUUUCUCAGCCACUAGAAAACCAUGGUGCCUCUGGUCAUCCUUCAGAGUCAUUAUCUACCAAAUCAUGUGGAGCAUUGAGACCUGUCAAUGGAGUUAUUAACACUCUUCAGCCUAUCUUGGCAGACCACAUUCCAGGUGACAUCUCUGAUGCUGAAGAACAGUUACAAAAAAAGCAACGACUCAAUCUAGUUUCUUCAUCAACCGAUGGCACCUGUGUGGCAGCCCGAACACGUCCUGUGCUGAGCUGUAAGAAACGAAGGCUUGUCCGACCCAACAGCAUCGUUCCUCUUUCCAGGAAGGUUCACCGGAACAGCACAACACGCUCUGGCUGUGAUGUGAACCCCUCCUGCGCACUGUGCGGCUCGGGCAGUACCGUCACCAUGCCUCCAGAAAUUCACUAUGAAGCCCCUCUGUUGGAACGCCUUUCCCAGUUGGACUCUUGUGUUCACCCAGUCCUAGCAUUUCCAGAUGAUGUUCCCACAAGCCUGCACUUCCAGAGCAUGCUGAAAUCUCAGUGGCAGAACAAGCCUUUUGACAAAAUCAAACCUCCCAAAAAGUUUUCACUUAAGCACAGAGCACCCAUGCCGGGCAGCCUGCCAGAUCCAACUCGUAAAGACAGGCACAAGUUGGUCAACUCCUUCCUAACAACAGCCAAGCUGUCCCAUCACCAAACUCGGCCUGACAGGACCCACAGGCAGCACUUAGACGAUGUGGGGGCCGUGCCUAUGGUGGAACGAGUGACAGCGCCAAAAGCAGAGCGCUUGCUCAACCCACCGCCACCUGUGCACGACCCAAACCCCAGCAAAAUGAGAUUGCGAGACCAUUCAUCUGAGAGAAGUGAAGUGUUGAAGCAUCACACAGACAUGAGCAGUUCGAGCUACCUGGCGGCCGCCCAGCAUCCCCCGCACAGCCCCCUGGUGCGACAGCUCUCCACCUCCUCAGACACGUCGGCACCCACCAGCUCUAGCCCACAGGUCACGGCCAGCGCGUCUCAGCCAGUGAGGAGGAGAAGGGGAGAGAGCUCGUUCGACAUUAACAACAUUGUCAUCCCAAUGUCUGUUGCUGCAACAACUCGUGUAGAGAAACUACAGUACAAGGAAAUCCUUACUCCCAGCUGGCGUGAGGUCGAUCUUCGGUCUCUGAAGGGGAGUCCUGACGAGGAAAAUGAGGAGGUCGAAGACCUAUCUGACGCAGCCUUCGCCGCCCUUCAUGCCAAAUGUGAGGAGAUGGAGAGGGCUCGGUGGCUGUGGACCACGAGUGUGCCACCCCAGCGGCGGGGCAGCAGGUCUUACAGGUCAUCAGAUGGCCGGACAACUCCUCAGCUGGGCAGUGCCAACCCCUCCACCCCCCAGCCCGCCUCCCCUGAUGUCAGCAGUAGCCACUCUCUGUCGGAGUUCUCCCACGGUCAGUCCCCGAGGAGCCCUAUCAGCCCGGAACUGCACUCGGCCCCCCUCACCCCUGUGGCUCGGGAUGCGCUGCGACACCUCGCCAGCGAGGACACCCGUUGUUCCACGCCAGAACUGGGGCUGGAUGAGCAGUCCGUCCAGCCGUGGGAACGGCGGACCUUCCCGUUGGCCUACAGCCCCCAGGCGGAGUGUGAGGACCAGCUGGACGCGCAGGAACGGGCAGCCCGCUGCACUCGGCGCACCUCGGGCAGCAAGACUGGCCGAGAGGCAGAGGUGGCCCCCACCUCACCUCCUGCUGUCCCCCUCAAGAGUCGGCAUUUGGCAACAACGGUCACAGCUCAGCGUCCAACUCACAGAUGAGCGGGAGACGAGAAUCUAAACAGACUCACUAACUAUUGGCAUUAAAGCUUCAGAAAUCUCUGCGUUUGAUAUUCAAACAUCAUAUGCCGGAAAUUUUCACAGUUUUUAGUGAAUUUAAGGAAUUUAGAUUCUACUUUGGUAUUUUUUGUUUUGAUUUUUGUUUUGUUUUGGUUUUGGUUUCCAUGUUUUGUCGUCACACACCUGAGCACUUCCUCCAAUUGGCAAACAGAAGUUCAGGAUAAGACCCUGCUGGCCUGGUCCUGGCAUGUCCUCUGCACUGUUGAAUCACUGGACUUAGCGAUGCUAGAUGAUCACCCCUCUCCUCGCACCUGUGGGCAGGGUGCACCAGCCAGGUGGGCAGAGGGGGUUGGGGAGGGGAGAACAGCUUGCUCUGGGCCCCGCCUUCUUCCCUCCCCUGCCAUCGGUGGUGGCCUGGCCCUGCGCUGGCCCUCCUGGCUGGGUCCCCCUUGGCCAUCUGUGCUAGAGCACCCCCACCAGAGCCUCUUGGCCAUAAUUGCCACCUGUUCUCACCGAGCUCUCAGUCGACAGAAUGGCUUCCCCUUGUCAUCCAGAUCUUGGAGACCUAGUUAGGGUUUCCUCUGCAUUUGGUCAUCUCUGUUUUGACUCCUUAACUGCAGUGACCUAGCUGCGGCUGCUCAGGUCCCCGUCCUGCCCCUUCGUGCCCUGUUGUCUGCUCCCCGACACUGUCCACAUACCUGUACGCACCAGUCCUUCCACUCGGGACGUUUUUACCACCUGUCCUUGUCUGUGACGGUAGGGUUAGGGCUACUUAACUUCAUUCCCACUCCUCUGCAAACUGGGGGGUCAGGGACACGAGCAGCCAUCUUCCCUGUAUGAUUCUGUUGUCACAGAUGCAUUUAGUUCCGUUUCCUUCACAUCCGGUUCCCUGUCGGUGUCAGUUAGACCUUUUCCUCUUCCAUGCUCCCCUUGCCUGUGGAACGUCGUCUGGUCCCAGCUGUGGUUCCCAUCGCUCCCUCACCACCCCCCUUGGUUAACCUUGUGCCUGUCUCAUGUAUGAUCACAUCACCAAAAGGGGGGGCAAUAAGGACUUCUUUAUUUUUAUUUUUUUUUGUUGUUGCCAUUUUGUAAUCGUAUAAAAAUAGUAGACAGACUGCUUAAUGGUUGGGGUUUUUUCACAAUUUUCAACAUUAGUGAUUUUUUUUUUUUGAUUCUGUUUGCAAGUUAAAGGGUUUGUCAUUGUUUCUUUAAAAAAACAAUAAUGCACCAUAUCCCUAUGCAUAAAGUGCUUCUUCUAUUUAUAAGGUUGAAAAUUCUGAAUAACCCUUUUAGCAUUGUUAAAAAAAAAAAAACAAAAACAAAAAUGGAAAAAAAAACCUUGUAUUUUGUAAAUAUUUUCUUUUCCUGCUUUGAGCUGUGUAUUGGCAGCGAAACAUGUAGCUGUCUUUGUUCUAUAGAAAUGCUUUUCUUCAGAGAAGCUGAUCUUUGUUAAUGUCUUGAUUCUGUUCGCAAAGCACAGACUAGUGCUUAAAAAAAAAAAAGGAAGGAAAAAUUGAAAAAAAAUAAUAAAAAAAAAAGUUACAGAA